AUGGUGUUGCUGGAGCCGGUGGAGGGACGGUGGGCGCCCCUGCCAUGGCCAAGCGAGAGCCUCCCCCUCUUCUGCCAGGUGGUCAUCGUGGAUGGCGCCGGCGGGCAUGGGAGGAAGCGGCUGAUGGUGGUCGGCGGCUGGCACCCGGAGACGUGGGCCCAGACGGACACGGUGUUCGUCUACGACUUCCUGACAUGCGCGUGGCGGCGCGGCACACCCAUGCCGGGCCCGUGCCGUUCCUUCUUCGCCUGCGCGGCUGUCGGCGGCGCCGUGUAUGUGGCCGGUGGCCACGACGACGAGAAGAACGCCCUGCGGUCAGCACUCGCCUACGACCCGGACGCCGACGUGUGGGCAUAG